AUGAAGAGAGUAAAAAUUUAUAAUAGAAUCGUUAUAAGCGGAGUUAUCAAGACUUGGUACCAUCAUAUUGUCAUGACAAUUACUAUACCUGAUGAUGUUUCACUUGUUUCAGUACAAUUACAACUUAAAGAGAAGAUGAGUCAACUCAUUUGA